AUGAGCAGAUUUCGAGAGUUUUCUACAAUAACAGGAAAGCUGCCAGCCUAGUUUAUGCUCUGACCGCUGGACCACUGCUGCCAUCGACAUUACGGGAUGCUAAGAAUGAAGCCAGCAGGCUUCGGAAUAUGAAGACCAAGGUUUACUGCCUGGGUGUAAAAGACUAUCAGAGAGACCAGCUCGUGGGAAAUUCCUGUAAGGAAGUUAUGGGUGGGGACACAUUCUAUGCCUGUGUAAGAGAAUCCUACCAACUUGGGUUUUAUGCAUAUGGCCUAAGUCCAGACAGAAUGAAAGACUAUACUUGCAGAUAUAAGUUGGACAAAACCGAAGUCUUCACUAAACCACCUAACUCAGUGACUGAAGAAAAAAUAAUUUGCCCAGGACAUAUUUUUCUUAAGGCUGGACACAUGAGACUGUGGAGCCCCCAGCUGUCCCAACUACAACCACAGUGACCACAGUGCCUACCACUGUCAGGACCAGUAGGACGACAACAAGGACGACGACGACCCCAACGCCUACAACUGUCAGGACCAGUAGGACGACGACAAGGACGACGACGACCCCAACGCCUACAACUGUCAGGACCAGUAGGACGACGACAAGGACGACGACGACCCCAACGCCUACAACUGUCAGGACCAGUAGGACGACGACAAGGACGACGACGACCCCAACGCCUACAACUGUCAGGACCAGUAGGACGACGACAAGGACGACGACGACCCCAAUGCCUAC